GUGCCUUUGUACAAGAAGAAUCUAAAUUAGUCUUUGCAUCAGGUAAUGGAAGUAUUUGCAUUGCUUUUAUGGGAAUGAUUGCAAUCACUUCCCAUGUUGGAUUAAUGAAGACUGAAACCUUGGAAGAAGCAUAUGGUACUUAACUGGACUUCUCCCAGAGAGAGUUAAAAGGUUGGCUUAGUGCCGUUCAACUUGGUAACCUGUAUUGGUACCUUUGUGAAUGUAUGUAUGAAUUGUGGUGCAUGGGAGCAAGUUCUCUUUUGCAAACUUAGCUGUUAAAUACCUUUACACUGAAAGACAGCUGAUGAUCACUUAGUGUUCUGUAUUGUGAGCUGUUAGUAAAUAUGUGUGGGCACUGGGGUGCAGAGGAAAAAGAAACAACAGUGAUUGUCUUCUGUGUUUUGCUCUUCUCUCUAGAGAGCUGUGUGAUCCUCACUAUAGAGAAGUGUUGAGUGCUGUUGUUCCUGUUGUAUGCUUUUGGUUGAUUGGUGUGGAAAGUAUAAAUCUUCAUUUCUGCUAGUCUGGUCGAGUUCAUUUAGAAGGAUUCUUAUUAAUGAAGUCUGUACUGCACAAUUGUGGUCCGUGUGUGGAUAGGGGAAUCACAGCUCACUUAGACCUUUAUCUAGUAGUCCAGAUUGCAUAUAAAAACUUAAUCACCAUUUCUCUGCUGCAUCUUCACUUUCAGUGCUGAUUCUUUCACUGAAUUGCAGCCUCAGAAAAAAAGAAAAUGUAUUGGUCUUUGGCUACAAUGACAGUCUGCCAGUUGAUUUUGAGUGUGGUUUUUUUUGUUUGUUUGGGUUUUUCUUUUGUGGGGAAGAGGGAUGUUUGUUUCUUUUUUUUAAAGGUAGAUAAAUGGUUCUCUCCAAGUUUUGUGCAGAUCUCUGUGUAUUAGUUUCUAACAGAGUUUCCCUGGAACUAAAAGCCUUGUGUAAUGUAAAUGCAUUUCCAGAUGCGGAGAGAUCAAGUGUAUGUUUGCAGUAAUUCUUUGCUAUAUAAAAAUGUUUAUCUUGUAAAUGCUUUUUGUAUUUUAAAACACACAAGGUGAAAGCAAUACUUAUAUGAGUAGCCAUGAAUUGGCAUGAAGUAGACUACUUAAAAAAAGAGCUUUAUUGCUGGGGAUGUUUUUUAUAAUGAUCUUUGCGACACUUCAGUUUUCAAAAUUAAAUCAACUGAAUCAAUCUGUCAAGAUAUGCAUGCUCUGUUUUUUUAUAUAUAUUUGGUUUUAGUUAUGCUCUGUUAAAUAAAACUGUGCCCUGUAAUCUUCACUGAUCUUAUCCUGCUUUCAUUUCUAAUUUAUUCUUGAGAAGACACUGCUUGCUUUAACUUAGUAUGACUACCUCCCCUCCCCACAGCAGAACAACUGAAGAUGAAUAUUGUGAAAACAAAGAUAUAAUCACAGGUAAAGGAAGACAUUCUCUACAAUGGAAACUUCUAAAGAAUAAUUUCUGAUUUUUCAAAAGGUCUGACUAAACUGCAGUGAUAUUGUGGAGCCAUUCUAAAACAGCUGCAAAGGCAAUUUAAGUGUUCUACUCUCUAUGUGAUUCCAGCAGAUUCUUCUCACCUCAAAUUUGUGGAAAACUGGUGAAGGAAGAGUUUCCCAGCACAUCAGUCUAAUUAGACCACUGUUUAUCCAUCCAGUCCAGAACUGCUUUGUUUUCCUUCUGUAAUCAUGGCAAAACCUUAUGAAUUUAACUGGCAGAAGCCAGUUCCCUCUUUUAUGCAAGAUGGAGCUGUGUUUGAUAGAUAUGAAGAGGAAUCUUUUGUCUUUGAAAGCAACUGUCUCUUCCAAGUGGAUGAAUUUGGCUUUUUUCUGAGAUGGAAAAGUGAAGGAAAGGAAGGACAGGUGUUAGAAUGCUCCCUGAUCAACAGUGUUCGUUUUGGAGCUGUACCAAAGGAUCCCAAAAUACUAACUGCACUUGAGGCUGUUGGAAAAUCAGAAAAUGAGUUGGAAGGACGGAUAGUGUGUGUUUGCAGUGGCACAGAUCUGGUGAACAUCAGCUUCACUUUCAUGGUAGCGGAAAACACAGAAAUAGCCAAGCAAUGGGUAGAAGGGCUUGGAUCCAUUAUACACAAUUUUAGAGCUAACAAUGUCAGUCCAAUGACAUGUCUCAAGAAACACUGGAUGAAGCUGGCCUUUCUAACAAACACAAAUGGGAAAAUUCCAGUUCGGAGCAUUACCAGAACCUUUGCAUCAGGUAAAACAGAAAAAGUGAUCUUUCAGGCACUCAAAGAAUUAGGUCUUCCCAGUGGAAAGAAUGAUGAAAUUGAGCCUGCAGCAUUUACUUAUGAGAAAUUUUAUGAGCUCACCCAAAAGAUAUGUCCCCGAACUGACAUAGAGGAUCUCUUUAAGAAGAUCAAUGGAGACAAAACUGAUUAUUUAACGGUAGACCAAUUAGUGAGCUUUCUAAAUGAACAUCAACGAGAUCCUCGGCUCAAUGAAAUUUUAUUUCCCUUUUAUGACACAAAAAGAGCAAUGCAGAUAAUUGAGACAUAUGAGCCAGAUGAAGACUUGAAGAGUAAAGGUGUCAUAUCAAGUGAUGGGUUUUGCAGAUACUUGAUGUCAGAUGAAAAUGCCCCAGUUUUCCUAGACCGUUUGGAAUUAUAUCAAGAAAUGGACCAUCCUUUGGCUCAUUAUUUCAUCAGUUCCUCUCACAAUACAUAUUUAACAGGCAGGCAGUUUGGUGGCAAGUCUUCAGUGGAGAUGUACAGACAAGUGCUUUUGGCUGGAUGCAGGUGUGUUGAGCUGGACUGUUGGGAUGGCAAAGGUGAAGAUCAAGAACCAAUAAUAACUCAUGGAAAAGCAAUGUGUACAGAUAUUCUUUUCAAGGAUGUAAUUCAAGCCAUUAAGGAAACAGCAUUUGUUACAUCAGAGUAUCCUGUCAUUCUUUCAUUUGAAAAUCACUGCAGCAAAUAUCAACAGUACAAGAUGUCAAAAUACUGUGAAGAUCUUUUUGGAGAUCUCCUGUUGAAGCAGCCUCUAGAAACGCAUCCACUUGAUCCAGGUAAAGCCUUACCUUCUCCUAACGACCUCAGAAGAAAGAUUCUCAUAAAGAACAAGAGGCUGAAACCUGAAGUAGAGAAAAAGCAGCUUGAUGCUCUGAAAAAGAUGAUGGAAGCUGGGGAAACUGCUGCUCCUGUAAAUAUCCUAGAGGAUGAUAAUGAAGAAGAAAUAGAAAGUGCUGACCAGGAAGAAGAAGCUCAUCCAGAGUACAAAUUUGGAAGUGACCUUAAUGUAGAUGAUUACAGUCAAAAAGAAGCUGUUGCCAUCAGUGUCAAAAAGGCUGCUGAAGAUUCUGAGCAAGAAAACAAUAAAAAGGGUUUAGUAACUGUUGAAGACGAACAAGCGUGGAUGGCAUCUUACAAAUAUGUAGGUGCCACAACCAAUAUACAUCCGUAUUUAUCAACAAUGGUCAACUAUGCUCAACCUGUAAAAUUUCAAGGUUUCGAUGUAGCAGAAGAACGUAAUAUUCAUCAUAAUAUGUCCUCUUUCAAUGAAUCAGUUGGACUAGGAUAUUUGAAGACCCAUGCUAUUGAGUUCGUGAAUUAUAAUAAACGACAAAUGAGUCGGAUAUACCCAAAGGGAGGCCGAGUGGAUUCCAGUAAUUACAUGCCUCAAAUUUUCUGGAACGCUGGCUGCCAGAUGGUCUCACUGAACUAUCAGACCCCAGAUUUAGCAAUGCAGUUGAAUCAAGGAAAAUUUGAAUAUAAUGGAUCAUGCGGGUAUCUACUUAAACCAGAUUUCAUGCGACGACCAGAUCGAACAUUUGACCCUUUCUCUGAAACUCCUGUAGAUGGUGUAAUUGCUGCAACAUGUUCUGUACAGGUCAUAUCUGGUCAGUUUUUAUCAGACAAAAAAAUUGGUACGUAUGUAGAAGUGGAUAUGUAUGGUUUACCCACGGACACGAUACGUAAAGAAUUUCGAACACGCAUGGUGAUGAACAAUGGUCUGAACCCUGUUUACAAUGAAGAAUCAUUUGUAUUUCGAAAGGUUAUUCUCCCUGAUCUUGCUGUCCUGAGAAUAGCAGUGUAUGAUGACAAUAACAAGUUGAUUGGUCAGAGGAUCCUGCCUCUGGAUGGUCUUCAGGCAGGUUACAGGCACAUUUCUCUUCGGAAUGAGGGCAACAAACCACUCUCUCUUCCAACAGUUUUCUGCAACAUUGUGCUUAAAACAUACGUGCCUGAUGGUUUUGGAGAUAUUGUGGAUGCUUUAUCAGAUCCAAAGAAAUUUUUGUCUAUCACAGAAAAAAGAGCAGACCAAAUGAGAGCUAUGGGUAUCGAAACUAGUGAUAUAGCCGAUGUACCAAAUGACACUUCAAAGAAUGAUAGAAAAGGAAAAGCCAAUAAUGCCAAAGCCAACGUAACGCCUCAGAGUAGCUCUGAACUUCGACCAAGUACCACUGCAGGUUUUGGAUCUGGGACUGAUGCUAAGAAAGGUAUAGACCUUAUUCCUCAAGUGAAGAUAGAAGAUUUAAAGCAAAUGAAGGCUUAUAUAAAGCAUGUAAAGAAGCAGCAGAAAGAGCUGAAUGCCUUAAAGAAGAAACAUGCAAAGGAGCACAGCGCUAUGCAGAAGUUGCACUGCACACAAAUUGACAAAAUAGUGGCACAGUAUGAUAAAGAAAAGGUAUCAUAUGAGAAAAUGUUAGAGAAGGCAAUCAAGAAGAAGGGAGGAAGUAAUUGUCUUGAAUUGAAGAAAGAAACAGAAAUUAAAAUUCAGACACUAACAUCAGAUCACAAGUCUAAGGUCAAAGAGAUAGUGGCACAGCACACUAAAGAGUGGUCUGAGAUGAUCAAUACGCACAGUGCCGAAGAGCAAGAAAUCCGUGAUCUACACUUGAACCAACAGUGUGAGCUACUGAAGAAACUGCUGAUUAAUGCUCAUGAACAACAAACCCAGCAGCUAAAAUUUUCACAUGACAGGGAAAGCAAAGAAAUGCGUGCCAACCAGGCUAAAAUAUCAAUGGAGAACAGCAAAGCCAUAAGCCAAGACAAAUCUAUCAAAAAUAAAGCUGAAAGAGAGAGGAGAGUCAGAGAACUGAACAGCAGCAACACAAAAAAGUUCCUGGAAGAGAGAAAAAGGCUGGCAAUGAAGCAGUCAAAGGAAAUGGAUCAGUUGAAAAAAGUUCAGCUUGAGCAUUUAGAAGUCUUGGAGAAGCAGAAUGAGCAGCUUUUGAAAUCCUGUCAUGCAGUGUCUCAAACACAAGGCAAAGGAGAUGCAGCAGAUGGUGAAGCUGGAAGCAGAGAUGGAUCGCAGGCCAGCAACAGUGGUCUAAAGCCUCAACAAGCAAAUUGAAGUUGGAGAACAUGGCUUCCUUAAAAUGGGAGCAAAAUGCAAAAUAACAUUGCUGAGGUUGAAAAGUGGGAUUUUUUCUUUUUUUUUUUUGGGGGGGUGGCAUGGGUUAUUUUGUUUUUAAUAUAUAAAGUGUAGCUAUGGACCUCCAAGUCUUAAGGUUUGCAUUAUUUCUUUUUUUAACACUGGGCACUGAAUUUCCUUUGUUGGAUUUCCAUGAUACGAAUUUCCUUUGUUCAGAAAAACACUAAUUGGAAGAUGAAGACAGUUUUUAAACCCAGUCCUGUGUUCCUUUCUGUAUCAACAGGCAGCUUGCCUGCAUCAGAAUUGCACAAUAAGAGCCUUGAAACACAACAGAUAUUUUUAACAUCAUCUCAAAUGGCAACAAAACCGUAGCCAGGUCAUGUUAUUUACUGUUUGUGUUCUCAUCUGUGAUAUACUGUGUAGAAACCCCAUGCUGCCAGAUCCCGACAAGCAAUGAGUCGUCAGAUGCUCAGCACCUGAUGUCAUCGAACCCACUGAUCUGGAUCUUCUGCUAAGUCACCGUAAUAAUCAGUACAGUAAGAAGUUGAGUGUGGUCAAUUUUAAAUUAUAUUUCCAAGUAUUUUUCAGGCAGCAGACAACAGGCAGUUGAAAGUUAACCGCAUAUAUUCAAAAGUACAGUAUGUACAAAGUCAUCAGCCAAAUUCAUCAACUGUAACAGUAACUUGACAGGAUAUUUCUGCGGUCCAGUGAUGUCAUUCACAAGUGCCAUAUCAACUCUAUCAUGUCUGAAAGAAGCCAGUAUCCUGUAAAAGUUACUGCAAUGGUUAGCUUGAGGGAAAUACAGUGUAUUUGUGCCAAAACUGAUCAGUGCUGUAAGGAACUGCGUAUUAGGCACUUUGAGAAAAGUUUACAUCCUACAUUGCUUGUAUAGAGAUUGCAUUUUGAUCCUGCCACAGCAGAUCCCAGAUAUUACAGUUCGUUGUAACUUAAAGAUUGUUUAAAUGGCUUUUGGCAAAAAGUUUGUAACUGUGAAAAUGUAAAAAGUAUUUAUACACUUCAGAAUCACAACAUUGUAGAAAAUCCCAUUAAUGUUGCCACAUGAUAAAAUUAGUAAACAGAAAUGCUAAGAGUAUGUUUGCAUGUGAUACAAAUGCUACUAAGACUGUAAUGCCUACUAUAUGACCACAGUCAUUCUACUAGCUGGUAAAUACUGAAUAAAUGUAUGGCACAGAAUAUUGUUUGAUUAACUACAAAGACUUUUAGCAUAAUAAGGUCUCUCUAUAUAUGUGUGUAUAUUAAUUAUGUGGGCAUUCUUGAUACUUGUAGUAAAAGAAAAGUACAUAACUAAUUUAAUUUUACACAGAAGUAUUUAUGCAGAUUUUCAGAAUUUCAUAUCAGGAAUAACCUUUUUAUGUCCAUUAGAUAAAAAACCAAUUUGCUAAUGUGUUAAUUUGCAUGUUUCCAGCGCUUGCUGUAGUUAUACCGCAAAACAAUGCAUGUAAGCAUUCCGCUUGGAAUUUGUCCAUGCUGCCAAUUCAAAGAUGACUGCAUGGAAAACUGGUAGUUUAGAACAAAUCAGAUUCCUGAUUUCAAUGUACUAAGCACCAAUUACUUUGUUGUAUAUGCUUGUACAAACAAAUUCUACAUAUUCCUAUAAAUAAAAUAAAUGAAGAGAGAUAAUUAUGGUAUUGUCAGUCCUGAGAUGAAACUUUCAGCUUCUCUAAUAAAAACCUUAAAAAUUCAAAACCUUUAGUUUUGACUGUAGUGAACUGUAGGGUGGUGGUGGUAUUGGUACUUACAAAUUUUUAGUAAGUUGUAUUUCCUGUAAAAAUGUGCAUAGUAUAAAUAUAUUUCUAUCAC